AUGUCUUCUCUCGUCUCCGACUUUCUCAUUAAUCCGGUCCUGCGUCAAGCUCGUCGAUUCUCCGAAAUCUCACGAUCUACCUUCAUUGGCGAUGGAGGCGAUUCGACCGAACAUGCCGACGCAGUAAGCGAUUAUAGUCACGCCGAUAGUCCUGUGUCUUCGCCUGUAUCUGCACCCGUACCUGAACCGGCACCUGCGCCGAUCGUCGAUUCUCCCCUCACUCGACCCCUCAGCGUCUCGACCUUGGAAACAAGAGUCGAGGAACCCGAACCGUUACCAAUCAUGUCUCAAGACUCACCUCCUCGCGAUCAUAUCGGCAUAGCUUUGAGCCCACUCGGCUCCCGUCGAAUUCCGGAAGAUGAUGGCAUGCGGGAGCUGCGAUCUCGUAUACAUAUAAUCAAUAAUAAGGAUAUACCUCAAUCUGACAAGGCGCGGUUAAUCCACGAUGCUCUAUUGGAAGGCUACAAGUCCUCAAAGACCGUCCCGCUUGUCAAUAAGAUCCUGGCGAAUGGCGACAACUUGGAUCAACCACUUUCACAGUCUCCGUCGUCACCAGCGUCACACCCAUUGAAGUUCUGGCAGAACCAAACCGAAGAGACAUUCACCUUGAGCGAGGAGGAUAAAACCCCGACAUUUGUACCAGCGAAACCGCCGAAGCGACAUGGAAGUGAAACCCCGGUGGAACCAUACGACUUGCUACCAGAAACGGAACAGCCUCUCGGAUGCCAGCACUAUGAACGAAACGUUAAGCUUCAAUGCUUUACCUGUAAGAAAUGGUAUACGUGCCGUUUCUGUCACGACGCAAACGAAGAUCAUAACCUCAUCCGCACGGAGACUAAGAACAUGCUCUGCAUGCUCUGUACAACACCACAGAAGGCUUCGGAUAUGUGCAUCAACUGCGGAGAAUUAUCCGCUUACUAUUAUUGUGAUAUAUGCCACUUGUGGGAAAACCGUCAGAGUAGACCCGUUUACCAUUGUAAUGACUGUGGUAUUUGCCGUCGAGGCCUAGGUCUCGGCAAGGACUUUUUCCACUGCAAGACUUGCCGUGCAUGUAUCUCCACCUCGAUUGAGGGCUCUCAUAAGUGCAUUGAAAGGUCGACAGAAUGCGAUUGUCCUAUUUGCGGCGAGUACCUCUUUACAUCUCCGCGACCGGUAGUCUUCAUGGCCUGUGGUCAUAGUAUUCAUAGGAGAUGCUAUGAACAGCACAUGAAAGUAUCGUACAAAUGUCCGAUUUGCAACAAGAGUCUCACAAAUAUGGAAAGCCAAUUCCGGAAUCUGGACGUUGCCAUCCAGGCCCAGCCGAUGCCGCCUGAAUUCCGGGAUACUACCGCUGUUAUAUUGUGCAAUGACUGUUCUGGAAGGAGCACAGUUCGGUACCACUGGUUGGGUCUGAAAUGUUCCAUAUGUCGGUCGUAUAAUACUGUGGAACUGAACAUUAUCGGGGGCGACCGGUCAACAGCACAACCGUCUUUGAAUGGCGAGGGGCAGCCUGUAGUGGAAGCAGGACGAGAACCUUCUGGCUCGAUUAGUGGCAACCGAGGAGCAGUGGCUGUAGGGAAUAGACGAAGGCACUCAUCCCAUGCCGCUGAAACUCAAUUCCGUGCGCCCGACAGAGUCGCAAGAUCAGUAUCACCUGGCAAUCUGGGCUUCGAUUCAAUCAUGUCACAUCUGCCACCGGACGAAGAAGAUGAGGAUGAUAUCCUAGGGCUUUGGCGAAGCCGGAACCGUGGCAACGCGUCGGACCAUGAUGAAGACUCUGAGUUGGAAGAUCUCAGUGAUGCGCUAUCAGAUAUUGAAGAUGAUGACGAGGACGAAGAUGAUGACAACGAUAUUGUUCUUUUUGGACAUCGAUGA